UAUGGAUUAUCAGAAACAUCUAAAGAUACUGAAAGAGACCUUGGAAUAACAUAAGAUUACUCCAGAAAACUUAAGAGAAAAAAGGAAGUCCUUCAAAGAGUUUCCAAAACAAAUAAAUAAUAGAGUAGUUGAUGCCUUUUAAUCAUUUGCUCCUUUUGAUAGAGCACCUGUUUGGAUGAUGAGGUACCAUCUAUGAACGAUUUAAAUUCAUAGGCAAGCAGGUAGAUAUCUUCCAGAAUAUAGAGAAAUUAAAGCAGAAAUGGAUUUUUUUGCUACUUGCCAAAAUCCAUUUAUUGCUGCUGAAAUCACCUUAUAACCAACUAAACAGUUUGAUAUUGAUGCAGCAAUCAUUUUUUCAGAUAUUCUGGUUUUGCCUAAAAUGAUGGGAAUGGAAGUAACAAUAAUCCUAAGAAUAAGAUCACAAUUGAAGAAAAGAAAGGGCCAGUCAUUGCAAAUCCAUUGGUUACUCCAGACGAUAUUCAAAAGCUCCAUCCUCCCAAUCCAGAGCAUCUAGAACACGUGUACGAUGCACUAUUCUUGACCAGAUUAGCAUUGCAAGGAAAAUGUAAUCUAAUAGGAUUCUGUGGUGCUCCUUGGACUGUCUUUGCAUAUAUGGUAGAAGGAGGAUCUAGCAAACUAUUCUCUAAAGUUAAGAAAUGGCUCUAUUUAUACACAGAGGGAUCCUUAUAGGUUUUAGAAUUGUUAGCAAAAGAAAGUGCCAAAUAUUUAAUCAAUCAGGUUAAGUAAGGAGGUGCUUAAGUUGUUUAGAUAUUUGACUCUUGGGCAGGGUAUAUCUUGUAAUUUAAUGUAGUUAAAUUCCAGCCUUGGAUUACAUAGAAUUUAUUAUUCCUUCUUUAAGGAUUUUGUUUGAAGAUUUCAAGAAAGAGUGUCCGGACACUCCUUUGAUUAUGUUUGCCAAGGAUUAAAAUGAUAAAAAGGUUAUUAUUGAAUUUUUGAAACUGACUUAUAAUGACAAACCAUUAGUUGAUGGAUUUCAACUAGAUUCUAAUGUAAGUGAUGAAACACUUAUUAAAAUCAUAGAAGGCAAUAGAACCAUAUAAGGAAAUCUAGAACCAGGAGUAAUAUUUAUCUAUAUUCAACUUAGGUGUUAUUUGGAACUCCAGCUAUUAUUAAGAAAAGAAUUUCAUAAAUGAUUGAGAAGUUAUAGACUACAAGAAGAUACAUUGUAAAUUUGGCACAUGGACUUACUCCAGAUCAUGAAGUUGAAAAAGUCAGGUUGUUUGUAUAAGAAUCGUAGCGCCAAUCCAAAUUAUAUAAGGCCAAGGAAAUUUUGGAAUGAAUUUUCGAUUCAUGCAGACAUCUAUUCAGUUUAUAAUUUAUAUCAUAUCC